CUUUGAAUGAUGCCCCCCCCCCACCUCUGGUUCAUUUAGCUGGUCCAUCCUCCAUGUGGUAGCUAUUCCCAGAGGUGAGGCUGGAUAGGUAGACGACUUGAUAGCGACAGAGAGGAGCACCUCGCACGACCAGCCAAGAACCGGAAUAUCUCGAUUUUCUAAGGAAAAAAAGGCCAUUUGCACGGAACAUUUCCGAGAGCGACUUCGGCAAUUGAAUCGUCGCCAGAAUCCAUAAUUUUACGAUUUCGCCAUUCGGUCGGGUUCAAUCCGUGGGACCACGGCGACGGGACCGACCUCCGAGGCUUAUCCACCGGCGUCUCGUUCCGAAGUCGCGUUCCGUGGCAAUCGAUCCCGCCAUCAUUCGAGAGGAAGAACUCAUUCAUACAAGGCCACGACAUUUUCCGCCCUCGCCUCGAGCCCGCCUUUCACAAUGUUCGCCCUCCGACGCACAAUGGCUAGCCUAGCCCCCCAGGCGUCGACCCUGAAGCAGGCCGGCAAGGUCGUGUGCAUUGGCCGCAACUUCGCGGAGCACAUUGCUGAGCUGAACAACACCAAGCCCAAGCAGCCCUUUUUCUUCCUCAAGCCCCCGUCGUCCAUUGUCCUUCCUGGCGAGGGCUCUGUGCUGCGACCCAAGGGCAUUGACAUGCACUAUGAGGUCGAGCUUGCCCUCGUCAUCGGCAAGGCGGUCCGAGAUCUCCAGGCUGACGAUACCAAGGGAGCUCUGGAGGCUAUCCAGGCGUACGCCGUGGCCAUCGACAUGACGGCCCGCAACGCCCAGAAUGAGGCCAAGAAGAAGGGUCUGCCCUGGGACAUCGCCAAGGGUUUCGACACCUUCCUGCCCAUGAGCAAGGUCAUCACCAAGGAUUCCAUCAAGAACCCCCAGGACGUUGAGCUGUGGCUCAAGGUCAACGGCGAGAUCAAGCAGCAGGGCUCUACCAACCUGAUGAUCUACCAGAUCCCCCGCAUCCUGAGCGACAUUUCCAAGGUCAUGACCCUGCAGCCCGGCGACAUUGUGCUCACCGGAACCCCUGCCGGUGUUGGUCCCGCGGUCCCCGGCGAUGUCAUCAGCGCCGGCGUGAGGGUAGACGGCAAGGAGCUUGAGGCUGGCAGCAUUGAGAUUCCCGUCGAGGAGUCGCCCAGCUCGUACGUCUUUGCCGAGACUUGAGAGGGAUAUUUGGGAUUUUAAACACGACGAGCCAUGCCACGAGCUGGGAUAGGAAAAGGGAAGUGGGAUGUACACUAGCCACCAAACUUGGAUAGAUUCCGACAAGAGAUGUAUACCAUCUCUGAACAUACAAC